AUGUUUCCGCAACACGACUCACACACUUCCUACCAUGAGAAGAAGGAGUCGUGGGAUAUGAUUCUAUUCGACGACACCACUGUACAUGGAUUCGGCCUGUCUCCACCAAGGCUUACUCUACACUUCCUGACGACAAACACAGCGUACGUUCCCAACAGGACGACCUCAUUCGUUGCUUUCAGCAUCAACACCAAGGAAGCUCAUAAUGGUUUGAGAGUACUGGUGUAUACGAUCUCUGUGCUUGUUCACCUGUCACGCAUCAAGAUGGCAUCAGCGGUCGAUCGAGUCUUCGGCACACCCGAGCUUCUGGAGCAGAUCUUGCUAUACGUCGCUGACCUGGAUCUCAAUGUUCCAUCGACUCCAGAUCAGGCCUUGAUCUAUUUCGUUACGUCAACUAUCAGUCUUCAGCGGGUGGAUCAAACAUUCCGCAACACGAUUCUCGGCUCGACAAAACUACGCAGAAGGCAACUCGAGGCUGCUGAGAAACCAGGCGUGGAGCGAUACUUCGAGCCCUUCCACGCUUCGCACAAUGCAACCCAGAUGGACAUUGAUCCUGCCAUCUUUGGUCCACUGUUGUGGCUCGAAGAGCAGAUGAUCUUCAUCUUGCGUUUCCGUGGAGUGGCAAGAGCACACGAUGGGGUCUUGACAAUUGCAUUCCACAUCCUCUUCAAAGAUAAGAUGAUGGCGUGGUUGGAGGAAACAAAAGAGCAGUCGUGGCGCCAGGAGCGACUCUUCACCGUUGUGCAAGCCAUGCGAGGCCAAAUGGAGCACCACCCGUCGUUCAAGUACCACGGAUGUCGCAAGCUUAUGGGAGCCUUGGGCAUCUUCUUGAAGGUUUUGGCUGAGUACGAGCUGUCCGACAUCGCGGAAGCGAUUAAUGCCAAGAAGGUAGCCGUCGGCAAGCGCGCGAUCAAAAAGAACUCCUACACCAAGCGUAAGUCUGCCGCUCUAACUGCUAAGGCCGCGGCAGAUCCUGCUCGUAAUGGCACAGAGCUCAAUAUGUACGAGGCCCUCGUAGCUUUAGACGUCGCCGCCGGUAAGAGCCUAGAAGUCGCACAAGCUUCUCGCAAGCAGAAGUCGACUGGGAAUAGGAGUAGGACCUACGGCACUGGGAAGCGACCAGCUUCAAAUGAGGGAGCCUCGGAAUAG